UCAAGUUAGUGCAGAUGAUCCAUCAGUUGCAGCUUCACUUGGUUUACUCUAUGACUAUUAUGUCCACGAAUCUGCUAGAUCACCCACUUCACCCACUUCUGAAAAUGAUAGCACUGGAAGUGUCACGUUAGCUGAUGUUCUGACUCCAACUGAGGCUCACGUUACUGUUGUUCAAUCAAACAUCUCUGAAUUAAAGCGGCGCAGUGAUAGCGAACCUCCAAGACGAAGUACGAGUAGACAGAGUCAAACAAGAUCAUCUACGUCCGCCUCUGUUGAGGCGUUACGAUAUCCAAUCGUGAAGCAACAAACUAGCCCGUCAGAUUGUCGUAAAAAAAGUGAAGCUCAAUCAUCGACAGUCGGUAGCUCUGUAUCUCCGGCUUCCUCAACAGAAAUAUCCCCUUUAGUUCGUAGACACGAGGGAUUCAACUAUACGUGUUAUGUUCCCACCAUGAAGCCACAGACGCUUUUUGCUGCGCAGGAAAAGUAUUGUUUUACCUUAGAAGCUCCUCCUUCGAUCAUUCAGAGACGCGGAGAAGACUCUUUGACGUAUCUAAACAAAGGACAGUUCUAUUCCAUUAACUUUGAAGCAAAUGUAUCCGAGUCAUCUGGAGUUCAAAACACAAAAGUGAAGUCUAUCUUGCAUUUGGUUUUUCGCGAUGAAAAAGAUCCCAAUGUCGAGAUUCAACAUUGGCGUUAUUGGCACGCGCAACAAGCUAAUCCACAGCAAAGAGCAUUUGAUAUUGAUCGCAAGUCUUGUGCAAACAUCGACGAUCAUGUAGAUGACAUUGCUUAUAAUGCGGCUGCGUUUUACUGGGAUAUGAACGUGAAUGCCAAGAUUGUUUUACGUAUGAACUGCUUGAGCACUGAUUUCUCUUCACAAAAAGGAGUGAAGGGCAUUCCAUUGCAUCUUCAAAUUGACACGUAUGAAGAUGUAGAUGUGCCCGAUGCUGAACCUGUCCAUCGUGCUUUUUGUCAAAUCAAAAUAUUCAGAGAUAAGGGUGCAGAAAGAAAAAACAAGGAUGAGUCACGAAGUGCUGAAAAGAGAAUGCAGAAGUUAAUGAAGCAAAGCAGUUCGUUAGUGGAUUCUGCGAUUUCGCCAUCGGUAUUUCAAACACCAUCUAAAUUUACGAAGCUAACUCCUACGACACCUUUAGGACCUAAGCCAAUUCUAUUUAGUCCAAACGAAUGUUUCCAUUUGAAUGAAGCCGCAAUUCAGAACGCCACUUUCCUGCAUGCAGUAAAGGAAAACGAGAACAAACGACGAUUGAAGGCUUCUUUGGACAUCGCUAAUGAUGAGCUUGCUGAUUUGGAGUUUAUACCACGAAACAAAGCUCAAAGGGUACAAAGACCCCCUCAGCCAGCUGUUACUAUAUACGUCAAAAAAGAAGAGGAGAAAGUUUACAAUGCGCUAAUGCUCGAUUCCUUUGGUGUUGUUGACCUCCGUGAAGCAGUAGCUCAGAAAUAUGAUAUUCCACCAGAGAUGAUAAAAGCGGUGUAUAAGAAGACCAAGAAAGGAAUUUUAGUAAAUAUGGACGACAGAAUGGUGGAGCAAUUCGUCGACGAGGACGAUUUUAUCAUCAAGAUUGACUUUGACAACCAACUUGGGCAUUUCGAACUUACUCUUUUUUAUUAACAUAAAUUACGGUGACAAUCAUCUUCCAUUUCCUUGGAACUAAAUAUUCUCACAGCAUACCAAACUAUAUGUAGCAACGUAAUAUUUUCGAGCCUCGCGGCUUUUAAAAACCCAACGAUUGACACUGGGUAAAAAAGUAAACAUUUAUUCUAAACAUUUCGACAAGUAUUGCAUGUCAUCAUCUGAUCUUGUUCUAUGUAGCAAAGUAGCCAAGUUACCUUUUACGGAGUGUCAAUCGUUUUUUGUUUUAUGAUUUUGGCCUCGCGGCUGUGUUUUACAUUUAUAUGUUUUGUAUAGCAGUAGCAAAUGAUUCUCGGCUGUGACGGCAAAAGUCUAUAAAAGUGUGGAUUUUUUUAAAAUAAGAGUGCAAAAUUAUGUAAUCACACGCAGUGUAAAUUAUUGUGAAUGACUAUUGUUGGAAAUUGUGCA